ACAUCACCUCACCUUAAAUGCUCUACAGAAAACAGAAGCCCCUAACUGAGACUUCAGUUAAUUUAAGUAAUGAGACAUUACUUUUUUAUUUCAACCGACUGAUUUCAUAAUGAGUUUAAUAAGGAUCCGCGUUUAUUGGUUCCCCUAGCAACACAUGGAGUGCAGACUGUAAAACUGGGCGAAAUAUUGUGUUUAUACGAUGUGUGCACACUGUUAACAGGACUGGCAAGGGGAAGUACGGAGGACGUGCUUGGAUCCACUGCCACAUUUUCAUUUUCUGAGGAGAGCUGAACGAAAUGGAAAGGAGUUCUAUCUUUUUAGCACUAUGCUGAGAUCCCGGGCAGCCUUCCCACCAUGUUGGAAUUGGGCUCAUAUUCGGUCAGCUCUCAGUCUCCGUCAGGGGACCACAAUGCUUUGCGGCUACCCCAAGCCUCAGCAGGGCCAGAGUGUCCAGUGGUCGGGCUGGGAGUGGGGACAAUGUGUGGCAGCAGCACUCCCAGGCACCAAAUACUCCCUUCGUCACCGGCAGACUGUGAGGACUGGCAGAAGCAUCGUGCAGGACUCGGUGGAGGGUCCAGCUUGUUUCCUGAGUCCCUCCUGGAGCCCCAAAGUCUGUCAACCAGCUAUGACACCCUCUACCUCCCACAUAUGUCCAGCCACACCCCGCCUCUGCACCCAAAUCGUCUGGGCCUGUCUUUGGAUGUGGCCUCCACUUUUGAGGUUGGAGGGGGAUUGCUGGGGGUGGACGGAGAUUUGGCCGUCAGUCCCAACAUGAUCAAGAGACGGCGAGGAGGCCUGAUUGAACAGAGGGACAUUGUCAAAGCCCACCAGGCACACAAGAUUCAGAGCACACCACAGGCACGACGCAAGGAAUGGGAAAUGGCCCGGUUUGGAGACGACGUCCCGGGCUUAUUGAGCUCGGGGGAUGGAGGGUCCGAGCGCAACCGGAACCGCGAUGGGGCGGCCGUGUCCACAGGUGGCAUCUCCCCAGCCUUCAAGCAGACCAAAGCGCAGAGAGCCCGUACCAUGGCCCUGUACAACCCCAUCCCGGUCAGGGAGAACUGCUUCACCGUCAACAGGUCUCUCUUCAUCUUCGGCGAGGACAAUGUGGUCAGGAAGUACGCCAAGAAAAUCAUUGAGUGGCCUCCGUUUGAGUACAUGAUCCUGACCACCAUCAUCGCUAAUUGCAUCGUCUUGGCUCUGGAGCAACACCUUCCUGGAGAGGACAAAACGCCCAUGUCCAAGAGGCUGGAGAAGACAGAGCCCUACUUCAUCGGGAUGUUCUGUUUUGAGGCUGGGAUAAAGAUAAUCGCUCUGGGCUUUGUAUUUCAUAAAGGCUCCUACCUCAGGAAUGGAUGGAACGUCAUGGACUUUAUUGUGGUCCUCAGUGGGAUCCUGGCUGCAGCAGGAGCACACAUGAACAUCUCAGUGGACCUGAGGACACUGCGGGCUGUGCGAGUGCUGCGUCCCCUCAAACUGGUCUCAGGCAUCCCCAGUCUCCAGAUAGUCCUGAAGUCGAUAAUGAAGGCUAUGGUUCCUCUGCUGCAGAUCGGCCUCCUGCUCUUUUUCGCAAUUCUCAUGUUCGCUAUCAUCGGCCUGGAGUUUUACAGCGGCAGGCUGCACCACACUUGCGAACCACAGCCUGGCAUACUGGAGAAUGAGACAGUGGACUCCUCUGAGUUGGAGUUCCCGUGUGGCGUGCGUCAGUGUCCGCCCAAAUACACCUGCAUCGAUACCUGGAUUGGCCCGAACGACGGCAUCACGCAGUUUGACAACAUCCUGUUUGCUCUUCUCACUGUCUUCCAGUGCAUCACCAUGGAGGGAUGGACCACUGUUCUCUACAAUACCAACGAUGCCUUGGGCCCAAACUGGAACUGGCUCUACUUUAUCCCUCUCAUCAUUAUCGGCUCUUUCUUUGUCCUGAACCUGGUGCUAGGAGUCCUCUCUGGGGAGUUUGCCAAGGAGAGGGAGAGGGUGGAAAACCGCAGGGCCUUCAUGAAGCUGAGGCGUCAGCAGCAGAUUGAGAGAGAACUCAAUGGCUACCGGGCCUGGAUCGAUAGAGCAGAGGAAGUCAUGCUUGCAGAGGAGAAUAAAAAUGCAGGACCUUCAGCCCUUGACGCUCUCAGGAGUCUCCCAGAGUGGAGUACAGGUGGUGCAUAUGUGUUAAAGAGAGCCACCACCAUCAAGAGGAGAGGGAUGGAUGUGGUGCAUCGAGGGCAACCAGGGGAGGAACAAUAUGGUGACAUCUCCUCCGUGGGCAUCCCCAUGGCCAGAUCAAGUAUCAGGAGCGCCAAGCGAGGGCCAACAGCAUAUUUUCGUCGCAAGGAGCGUCUCCUUCGCAUCUCAAUUCGCCGUGUGGUGAAGACACAGACUUUCUACUGGACGGUGCUGGGCCUUGUGGCUCUGAAUACACUGUGUGUGGCCAUUGUGCACCACAACCAGCCUGUGUGGUUAUCGAACUUCCUCUACUAUGCAGAGUUCCUGUUCCUUGCUCUGUUCCUGACUGAGAUGUUUCUGAAGAUGUACAGCUUGGGACCACGGCUCUACUUCCACUCCUCCUUUAACUGUUUUGACUGCAGUGUUAUCGUUGGCAGUAUCUUUGAGGUGCUGUGGGGUUUCUUCAGGCCCGGCACGUCCUUUGGGAUCAGUGUCCUGCGUGCUCUCCGUCUGCUGAGGAUCUUCAAGAUCACCAAGUACUGGGCAUCUCUGAGGAACCUGGUCGUCUCUCUGAUGAACUCCAUGAAGUCCAUCAUCUCCCUCAUCUUCCUCCUCUUCCUCUUCAUUCUUGUCUUUGCACUCCUCGGCAUGCAGCUCUUUGGUGGCAGGUUUAUCUUUGAAGACUACACUCCGACAAACUUUGACACCUUCCCUGCAGCCAUCAUGACUGUCUUUCAGAUCCUGACUGGAGAGGACUGGAAUGAGGUGAUGUACAAUGGCAUUCGCUCUCAAGGAGGAGUCAAGUCUGGCAUGUGGUCUUCUAUUUACUUUAUAGUGCUCACACUGUUUGGAAACUACACUCUGCUGAACGUCUUCUUGGCCAUUGCUGUGGAUAACCUUGCCAAUGCACAAGAACUUACCAAGGAUGAGGAGGAAGCAGAGGCAGCUUUUAACCAGAAGCACGCCCUCCAGAAGGCGAAAGAGGUCGGACCAUUGUCCUCCUUCAUGUCUUCAGAGGGAAGCCGAAGGAGGCGGCCCUACCUUUACAGAAAAAGAGCCAUCCACCGCAGCCGGCCCACCUACUCCUGCUCCCUGGAAGAGGCCCAGGGCAGCAUCAGGGAGGGCCGCCCACCCCCCCCACUCAACCCCUCUAACUCUUUCAUGUCCAGGAGAGAGAGGAGAAAAAGGAUGACCAUGUCCGUGUGGGAGCAGAGGACCAGCCAGCUGCGGAGACACCGCCAGAUGUCCAGCCGAGAGGUCCUGUUCACCGCCCCAAGCGAGGAGAAGGACAGGCAGCCUGCUUCUGGACAUCCUCUGUCUCUGCACCGAAAGGCCAUGGAGCACACGAUCUCUGGGAGUUUAAAGCGCCUCACAGACCCCUCGCCAGCAAAGAGUCAAACAUUAGGCUCCUCCAUGUCUGUUGAUGCUGCUCUCUGUGGAAACAUACCUGAACCACCUUUAUCUGUGCUGGCGCCGGAGUCAUUGGAUCCUAAAAAUAUUUCCCUUCCUGAUGUUUCUCAAUCCAAGGCCCUUCCAGAUUCAACCCCAGAGAGCGGAAAACUGGAUGUAAUCAAGAGUCCCAACACCAUCAGUGAGCGCAGGAGCCCCAGACUGAACGGCGAGCACCAGCACAGGGCCGUAAAGAAGUUCAGACCUCCAGAUAACCUCAACACCCUAACUCCUGAGAUGGGAGGACAUGGUGGGAUCAGAGGCAGGAGGCAUCACUGUGAACAUCAGAGUGGCUCCAGGAGUCAGGGGUCUUCACCCGGGAAUGGAAGCCAAUUAGCAAGUUUCCUGCUUAGCGGAGAGAGGAGGAGAAAUCCAGGGAAAGAUGAAGAGAAGGAAGCAGAGGUCAAAAAGGAGGAAGAGGAGUCUAAACCCGAGGAGAGCAGACAGGGUGAAAAGAGUGAAGAAGGAGACGCUGACUGUCCAGAAAACCAGACCCACACAGAUGACCAGUGUCCUCAGAUGCAGGAAGAGCCCCCUCAGUUGUCAGAGCCAUCUCCCCCGGUCAUCCAAGAUAGCAACAAGGAGGAGGAAGAGACCACGAAGGAGCAUGAGAAGUCUCAGCUCAGCUCCAGUGUCAUCAUCGACAUGACAAGUGUUCAGUCCUCUCUGGAGCUCUCCACAAUCACGGUAAACAACAAAGACCCUGACACCUGUAAAUCAGAGAAGGAGGAAGGAGAGGAGACAAAGCCUGUUAGCACUGUGACGCCAGACAGCAUGUUCAUCUUCAAACCUGACAAUCCGGUGCGUCGAGCGUGUCACUACGUGGUCAACCUCAGGUACUUUGAAAUGUCCAUCCUGCUGGUCAUAGCUGCGAGCAGUAUAGCACUGGCUGCCGAGGACCCCGUAGCCACCUCCUCUGACUGGAAUAAGGUUCUGCGGUAUUUUGAUUACGUUUUCACUGGAGUUUUCACAUUUGAAAUGGUUAUCAAGAUGAUAGAUCAGGGUCUGAUCCUCCAUGACGGUUCCUACUUCAGAGACCUGUGGAACAUCCUAGACUUCAUCGUCGUGGUGGGAGCGCUGGUGGCCUUUGCCCUCUCCAAUGUGUUGGGAAAUAACAAAGGACGAGACAUUAAGACCAUCAAAUCUCUGAGAGUUCUACGAGUCCUCAGACCUCUGAAGACCAUCAAGAGACUUCCCAAACUCAAGGCUGUGUUUGACUGUGUGGUGACAUCUCUGAAAAACGUCUUUAACAUCCUGAUCGUCUAUAAGCUCUUCAUGUUCAUCUUUGCUGUCAUCGCUGUGCAGCUCUUCAAGGGGAAGUUUUUCUACUGCACUGACAGCUCCAAGACAACCGAGAAGGACUGCCAGGGUUACUACAUUGAUUACGGAAAGGACAAGAAAGAGAUGAAGAGGAGAGAGUGGAGGAGGCAUGAGUUUCACUACGACAACAUUGUCUGGGCUCUGCUCACUCUCUUCACAGUGUCCACAGGAGAGGGCUGGCCUCAGGUUCUGCAGCACUCAGUAGACGUGACGGAGGAGGACAGAGGUCCGAGCCACGGCAACAGGAUGGAGAUGUCCAUCUUCUACGUCAUCUAUUUUGUCGUCUUCCCUUUCUUCUUCGUCAACAUCUUUGUGGCUCUCAUCAUUAUCACCUUCCAGGAGCAGGGGGAUAAGAUGAUGGAAGAGUGUAGCCUGGAAAAGAACGAGAGAGCUUGCAUAGACUUUGCCAUCAGUGCCAAGCCCCUGACCCGUUACAUGCCCCAGAACCGGCACACGUUCCAGUACCGCCUGUGGCAUUUUGUGGUGUCACCCUCUUUUGAGUACACCGUCCUGGCCAUGAUCGCUCUUAACACUAUUGUUCUGAUGAUGAAGUAUUACUCUGCCCCGCCGGCAUAUGAGGCUGUACUGAAACACCUGAACACAGCGUUCACUGUUCUAUUCUCUGUGGAGUGUGUCCUCAAGAUCAUGGCCUUUGGAUUCCUGAACUACUUUCGAGAUACGUGGAACAUAUUUGACUUCAUUACUGUUUUGGGAAGCAUCACAGAGAUCAUUGUCGAUCUACAGUUCGUUGAUACGUUCAACAUGAGCUUCUUGAAGCUGUUCCGAGCAGCUCGUCUCAUCAAACUGCUGAGACAGGGUUACACCAUCCGGAUCCUUCUGUGGACCUUUGUCCAGUCCUUCAAGGCUUUGCCCUAUGUCUGUCUGCUCAUCGCUAUGCUCUUCUUCAUCUACGCCAUCAUCGGCAUGCAGGUGUUUGGGAAUAUUAAGCUGAGUGACAAGACUCACAUCACCCAGCACAACAACUUUAAGACCUUCUCUGGUGCACUGAUGCUGCUGUUCAGGAGUGCCACGGGGGAGUCAUGGCAGGAGAUCAUGUUGUCUUGUCUGGGGGGCCAGAAGUGUGAGAAAGACCCAGCAGUUUCUACGCCCGACCAGGAGGGGGGCUGUGGCUCUGACUUCGCUUAUUUCUACUUCGUCUCAUUUAUCUUCUUCAGCUCCUUUCUGAUGCUGAACCUGUUUGUAGCAGUGAUCAUGGAUAACUUUGAGUACCUGACUAGGGACUCUUCCAUCUUGGGUCCUCACCACCUGGAUGAGUUUGUCCGGAUCUGGGGGGAGUAUGACCGCGCUGCCUGUGGUCGUAUCCAUUACACUGACAUGUAUGAGAUGUUGACCAACAUGUCGCCACCUCUAGGCCUGGGCAAGAAAUGCCCCUCCAAGUUGGCAUAUAAGAGACUCGUCCUGAUGAACAUGCCGGUAGACGACGAUAUGACGGUUCAUUUCACCUCAACCCUCAUGGCCCUCAUCCGCACGGCUCUGGAGGUCAAGAUAGCCAGAGGAGGUGAGGAUAGAAAUCAGAUGGACCUGGACCUGCAGAAGGAGAUUGGUGUCAUUUGGCCUCAUCUUUCACAGAAGUCCUUGGAGCUUCUGGUUCCCAUUCAUAAAGCAAGUGACAUGACAAUUGGGAAGAUUUAUGCUGCCAUGAUGAUCAUGGAUUAUUACAAGCAGAGCAAGGCCAAGAAGCUGCGACAACAACUUGAGGAACAGAAACACGCUCCCAUGUUCCAGCGUAUGGAUGCUUCCUCUCUGCCUCAAGAAAUCCUAUGCAACGCUAAAGCUCUUUCAUUCCUCAGGCACAGCGCUGGAUCUGCUCUCACAAGAGGAGGUUUUGUGGCUCUCAGCCCCAUCUCACCACAAGAUAUGUUCUUGCAGCCGCUCUCUCACUCCAGGGAGGAGAGAGAGGAAGAGGAGGAGGAUGACGAAUACCGGUCACCCUACCAGCCCUACCUCCAUCCACAUCACCAGCAACACCAUUUACACACACUGGUGCCUGAUGUAGUGAGGUAUAACCAAGUGAUGCAGCAGGCCACGCAGGACCAAACAGACAUUAAAUCCCCUCAGCGGACAGCAUCUAUCAGAGCAUCUUCAAUGCCCAGGCUGGCUAUUGACCCACAGCCUGGGAUGUCAGCAGACAACAAGCUGAUGAAGCGUUCCUUCUCUACCAUCGGAGACCAGUGUGUGAACGGCCUCUGGCAGGAGCAGCACUCUCUGGAGAGAGUCAGUCCUGACGACACGUACAGGCCUCGUCAGAGGAGCUACAGAGGUCCCAGAGUCAACCCCAGAGAGACGUGUAGUCAUGAAAGAGGGAGGUCAAAGGAACGGCGCCACCUACUGUCUCCUGAUGUGUCACGCUGCAACUCUGAAGAGCGCAGCCGGGAGCCUUCAUGUGAGGGGAGACAAUCCCGUUCACCUAGUGAAGGACGCAAACACACCUCGCCGAGACAGGUGACCACAUCAGGCAGCCCCUCCCAUUCAGCCUCAGAGUCCAGUACUCCUCGUAAUCGACGGCAGCUGCCACAGACCCCCUCUCGCCCACGACCAUACAUCUCCUACUCCCCUCUGGCCUGCCCAGCUCAUACCUCACCCCCACCAGCAAGCUCCUCUGAGGGACAGACCCAGCCUGAAGAGGGCCCCAGCGGUGCCACUGAGCCCCCGCUGAGGGCUGACAAGGACCUCCUUCAGGGGUCCUCCAGGAGUCAGGUUUCAGGACCAAGCCACCCAUCUCCUCACCGCUACAUCUCAGAGCCCUACCUCCCGUUCCAUGAGGAGGUCAGCAGUGAAGGAGGGGAUAAGCAGGACACGCUUACUUUUGAGAGUGCCAUGGCGACAAGCUUGGGGCGGGUCAAUGCCACAUUCUCCGCCCCUCAGCUCAGACACUCCUGGCAGGUUCCUAACGGGCAUUUCCGCAAGCAGUUUGGCCAGGCAACCCCGGCUGGAGCAAGAGAAUUGCUAAGUGACACAGACGAGGAUGACCGCUGCUAAAACAAAAAAAAAAGGGAUGAAGAGGACGCGCAGAAAGACUGGGAACCGCAGAGGCUUUGACCCCUCUGCAGCUGUGAGAAAUUUUAUUCUCAGCACCAGUAGCAAAAUGGGCAGCACCAAACAGCUGUUUAUCUGGAUACUUGGAUGUCUUACUGCAACAUUUUUCAUGUGUGUGUUUGUUGUAGCUGAAGGAAAGCUACAUGCGCGGACUUGGAUGUGUGUAUUGUGUGUGUGUGUGUGUGUGUGUGUACCGACAGAAAAUUUGCCAAAUCAAGACAACAGCAGAGACUGACUGUGUUAAAAAUCAAACACUGCAGGCAAAAAAAAGUGUUGCCAAGUGUUCUGUUGUUAUUUGAACAAAAAAGUUGUGAAACAUUGAACCAAGACGUCCAAAACCUCUUGUGAAUCAAAGAAACCGAUAAAAGUGCGUUUUGUUUAUGUGAACUUAGAGGUAGCAUGUACAAAUGUAAUACAAUGAAUGUAUUUUAACUUUUAGUUCCUAUGAUCUGUCAUUCAAGAGGGUUGCUGUUGAUCUAUUCUGAACACAGCUGAAUGAGUAGCAUUGAAUCAGGAGUUGCAUCAGAGUUUAUGUAUAUGCCAAUUUAUAUCUCCACGCAAUUCCCGUUUGCUAGUACGAUAGUAUCCACAUGGUUCAUGGGCAUUAGCCUGUCAAUAAAUCAACAAAUGGUAAGUACAGCAAAACAAGUUCCAGACCUUAAACUGAGCAAAACCUCAAGUGAGGAUUAUGUUAUUUUUUCUGUCCAUUUAAAACAAUGAAGGUGUACCUUUUAAGUGAAGCAGCACAGUGCAGGUCUAUGUUGAUUUUGUGUUGUGAAAAUGAUAAAAUCAAAGAUUUUGAACAGCUUAAGUGAUGUUUUGUCUCAGGUGACUAGACCAUUAAUUUUGUUGUAUAUUACCUUCGCAAAUCUUCUAAAAUAUGUCCAUCUAAUCAAAGACUUGGAAAAUCAGAGCAACUAAAGGUGUCGCAUAACCCUAUGGGUCAGUCUGUUUGGUAUCAGCAUGAAAAUUCCAUCAGAAGAGACUUCCUACCAGCUAUUCUGCUUUGACAAAUAUCAGUCUGUAGAAAAGACAACUUGAAUAUACUCAAAUGGAUGUACACUCCUCACAUUCCUGUGCUGGAGAAGUGUUGAUGUUGUGUCAGAGGGGUGACUAAAGCCAUUAUCUUCCCGUAUAUAGAACCAGAGAAAUGUCUUCUUCAGGAUGUGAUGCCUUCUUUUAUGUGAUAAGAAAAAUGAAAAGAAUUUAAAGUAUUUUUUUUACAUGUGAUGCAACAUGGAUACUUUUAGAAAAGAUGAAUCACAGGCACAGUAUAGUUUGUUCAUAGACUGUAUGUGGAUUCAAGGCAGCCACCUUGACUUCAUUCAGUGGUUUACAAAAGCCCUUUAGAAACUUUGAGUUUAGCAUUUUGGCAAUCCCAUCUGGUUUUAUCUAAGAUAUGUGACAAGAUUUUUUAUUGCAGAGUGCUAUGAAUUGUUGCAUCUCUAUCCUGGUUGACAGGUCUACAGAAUCUACAGAAUGAACAUCAUGCUGUAUUCAAUAAGACUUGAAACCAGUAAUUGAGACUAUACAAUUUUCAUUUUCUCCUCUGUUUACAUACAAUGAAAUUUCUUUCAGCAAAUAGUUAAGUCUCCCCCUGCUGGGCAUUUAAAAUAAUAGUUCUUCAAUACAAACUUCACUUUAAAAACCAGAGGCAAGUUUUAACUGAUAUAAAUUGCAGUUGUUUGUCAUUAAGUUACCAGCUACAUUGUUUCUGUCAUACUGAAGCCUUUGUUUUGGUCAUUAGAAACAUGCAUGACCAUAUUCAGAGAGCAGCCAUUUUCUGCUGAUGUCAUCUCCUGGGAAGCUAAAAUGCUGCUGGGACAACAUACUGCUGUGUCCCAGAUUUGGAGGUAUAUCUGACAAAUAAUAUUGUUUUAAUUUCUCUGUUGUUCAGCAACUUAAAAGAAAAGGGAAAAUCUGUCUUUGUUUCAAGUCAAAACUAGAUUACUCAUGGCUACAGUCAAACAACAGUCAAUGUUCACGCUAAUAAUGCUAGCUAGUGAUACAGUUAGCUAGAAAAAGGUUGAAAGUAACUUUAUUAGCAUUGCUACAAGAAUUUUUCCAUGAUGCAAAAUAAAAUGAGUAAAUUCCUGGUUCAAGUCAUGCCCGUGAGGAAAUUACUUCCUUGCUAAAUGUUAGCUAAGACGUAGUUGACUGCUAGCUUUAGCUGUCGUCUGUUAGCUGAUAGGUUCUUAGGUAUGUUGUUUAACCUCUAAAUAUGACUUAAAGCUGCUGUUGGUAGGAAUGGUGUAGAAAACGUUACUUUUUUUCCCUGCUGGGUUUGGAGAAAAGGUCGUAAUGCCCAUCGGUACUCAUCGGUAAGUGGAAUAAUUUGAGAUUAUUGCGAAAUCUCUGCAUUUUCCAAUGCCUUUGUAUCAAGCAAUGUUAUUAUUCCCCUCAUUCCCGUUAUGACGGACCAAUCAUAGCUAAUCUCCAAUCCUCUGUCCUUAUUGGUUAAGGAGCAGCCCCUACUACAUCCUCUGAUUGGUUAUGAGUUCGGCACUAUCAUGACUGCACACGCCGAUCUGUGUUGGGGGGCUAAGAGGAAAUCUGGUUGGGAGGGAUAGUGUUGACAUUCGAAGUCCCUCUCUCUGAACAGAUGUUUACUCUGUGACUACCAACAGCAGCUUUAACAUCUAAAUAUGACUUAAUGUGCUUAAAAUAUGUUAAAUUGUAUUUAAAGUUACUCAAAAUACCAGGACUUCAUGAAAACCAAUACUGAACAUACAGCACCCUAAGCAUGAUGUCAGAGGAAAACGGUUGCUAUGUGAAUAUGGUGAAUAAUGGCAUUAUCUGUGCUCCAGAGUUAUGUGUACCCCAUGCAUGAUCAUGAUGUCAGUGAUGAUAAUAGAUGUGUGAGCCAUAUGUUUUUAAAAGCUGCCCAGUGCUUUGAAAAGCUUUCCACCAACACAGAAAUUAUAAAACAUCAGUUUGAGAAAUGUGAUUGUUAUUUUUCCUAUCCUUAAAUUCACUGUCAGUAUCCUUUAUUAACAUUCCAACUUUAUCCCCAAUUUGUUGUUCUAUCUAAAUAAGGUAUAUAUUUAAGUCACAUGCUGUUGUGUUAGUGUAGUACAUCGAGUUUCUGAAAAAUGAGCACUGGACCUACAGGGGAAAAGAGGUCAAACUUACCAGCUGGAGUCUCUGAAUCUGAAAGACUUGGACUUUUUGAGAAUAACCCCUUUAAAUGUGUCGACUAAAAUGCGCGACUGGCACAGUAUACGUUUUAGGUUCAGGCUCCAGCCCUUUAGUUUAUAGGACCAUGCAUAACGUUUACACUGCAGCCUAGGACUUUACCUUGAUGUCUGUACAGAACAGCCUGAUCUGUGCCUGGGGAGACUCCUCCGAAAAGGUCCCUGUCAAGCCUGGAUUUCAUGGAUAGAGAAGCUUCUUAGUAAAUAUGUAGUAUAAACUGUACAAAAUAAAUCCAUGUGUCAUUUACUGCACUGUUUCUAUUUUUGGUUUAAAUCAUGAUGCCUGUCCAUGACUUUGACAACACAAGUGUUUGAGUACAACUUAUCUGUUCAAAGGACCAUUAAAGAGAGAUCACAUGA